GCAAGGGAAGAUAUUUUAAAAAACUUGCUGUUGCAGUUCUCAUUCUGAGAAGUGAGAAUUGGAUAUGACCACAGGUAAUAGGAUAACAGGUUGUAUGCCACAGGUAACCUUAAGGUGUGUUGUAAAGAUUUAAUGGUUGAUAGGUUAACAAGGACUAUAUGCUGAGAAAAUAUCCUUUGUUCCUCAAAUUUAUUGCCUUGUAGUUGAGUUUAAGGGUGAUUUGGGAUAGAGGAAUUCUGUUCAGCUAGCUAUGCUCUAGUUCUUUCUCUUCCAGUUCUUUUCAUACUCAUGGAGUAUGAGGAAAUCCAAGAAAAAAUUAUUAUUGGGUAAUAUCUCUAUUAUACUGUUUGACAUGGGGCUUUUUCUUUAUUCCCAAUGACAAAGAUUGUUUUGUUCCCCGAUGUGUCCCUUUAGCUAGCUUUUACUCUUCCUAAUGAUGAGUAGAAAGAAAUUUCUGGCCCCUUAUCUUUCUGCCAAACUUGGGAGAUGGAAAUGCCGUAGGAAUAUUGAUUUGAGUGAAUGUAAUGCAUUUUUUUCUGUGUAUUUACAGAUGGGGCAUCAGUGGGUUUGGUUGGAUUCUGAACAAGACUAUCCCAAUGACUCUGAGUUGAGCAACGACUGCAGGUCUCUCUUCAGCUCAUGGGACUCCAGUCUGGAUCUUGAUGUGGGCAGCUGGAGGGAAACUGAGGAGCCAGGGACUGAGGAACUAGAGGAAAGCAGCCCAGAGAGAGAACCUAGUGAGCUGCUUGUGGGGGAUGGAAGCAGUAAAGAAUCUCAGGAAGAGGCAGAGCGAGUCAGCCGCCAGAACCUCCUCCACUUUCUCUCUGAGGUAGCUUAUUUAAUGGAGCCAUUGUGCAUUAGUAGCAAAGAAUCAAGUGAAGGCUGCGGCCCUCCAUCUGGUACCAGACAAGAGGGAAGGGAAAUUGAAGGUACUGAAGGAGAAGGGGAGCCCUUCAGAGAGCCUGAAGAGCUUUUAGCCAAGGUAGACCCCUUGGUAGCUGAGAAGAAGUCACUGGGAAAAAAUGGAAGGCUGGAGGUGGCUCCAGCUCCCUCAGAUAUUUGUGCAGUUCAGGGACUACCCACAAAGAGUGAAGAGGAGGAGGUUCGGCAAGAAUCCAAGGAGGAGGACCAGGGUGAAGGAUAUGUAUCAGAGAUGGAAGACCAGCCCUCUUCAAGUGAGUGUGAUGAUGGCUUCAGCAUUCAGGAGACUCCUCUGUUGGGUAUCCUUUUCAGUCGUGCUGCCUCCUCAAAGCUGUCUGAUCUAGGCCAGAGUGACCCUGUUCAGGAUCACUUGCUAUUUAAGAAGACUCUCCUGCCAGUCUGGAAGAUGAUUGCCAGCCACAGGUUCAGCAGUCCUUUUCUGAAGCCUGUAUCAGAAAGGCAGGCCCCAGGAUACAAGGAUGUGGUGAAAAGACCCAUGGACUUAACCAGCCUGAAGAGGAAUCUGUCUAAGGGACGGAUUCGCACCAUGGCUCAGUUUCAGAGGGACCUGAUGCUGAUGUUCCAAAAUGCUGUGAUGUACAAUGACUCUGAUCAUCAUGUGUACCAUAUGGCUGUGGAGAUGCAGCGAGAAGUUUUGGAGCAGAUUCAGGUGCUGAGUAUUUGGUUAGACAAAAGAAGAGACUUAAAUAGUCUGGAAUGAGAACCAGCCAACUCCAUGGAUGAUGAAAAACCUGUUUUAUUAACCUGGAGCUGCUACCCUGAGCUUUUCUGGAAUUCGGACCUCUCAUUGAGACUCUGACCCACAGAGGCUCCCAGUACUUGUUUACCACUUUUCAGUUGUCUUUUCUAAUAAGAAUAAUGCCUUAACUCACAAUCAUGGAGUCAAAGGUGCCUGUGUUCAUAAUAUAUAGAAAAUGGGGAAAGCUGAGAUUUGGGGUUGUGCCAUAAAUGUUGCCCACAUCUUUGUUCCAUAGGUUUAAUUUAGAGGUAACUAGAUUAAACCUCUUAUUACUGUUCUAUAAAUAAAUGUUAUUUCACAAGUCAAAGAUUGCUUCUUAAUGAUUACAGAAGAUCGGAAUAGAGGGGACAGUAUCAUCUGGUGAAAUGAGUAAGGUAUUUGACCUGGGUUUUCUUCC